GCUGCAGGAGCUGGGACCUUACACCGACGGCCCAAUUCUCCAUCCCAAACAAGCCGUUUUCGGGUCGCCUUCAUGUCGUUUUUCAAGACAGCGCCUGGGAGAAAUACCAGAGGCUUUUAAGUGCACCCCUUUGGCUGGAGGUCAGUCGCUCUGAAUGGACGGCGGUAAUUGCUCCGGGGCACUGAUGGAUGACAGUCCAGCUUCCAGUCCGAGCUCCAGCCCCAGUCCGGACGGCCAUCGCCGCGAGUUCAACCGGACCAAGGUGCUGCAGUCCGGCGGGCUGAGCGGGAGGGGCCGGCCGGCGGCGGCCAACGCUGCCCGGGAGAGGAGCCGGGUGCAGACCCUGAGAAACGCCUUCCUGGAACUCCAAAGGACUUUGCCAUCAGUGCCGCCAGAUACCAAGCUGUCCAAGCUCGACGUGUUGAUACUGGCCACCACCUAUAUUGCCCAUUUGACUCGAACACUACAAGAGGAAGGCACCGACGAGGGAGAGAGCACAAAACAAACAGAGGCGUUACACUCCCUGAAGGGGGAAGGAUACCUGCACCCAGUAAAGAAAUGGCCCAUGCGAUCCAGACUGUACGUCGGAGCUACCGGGCAGUUCCUGAACAAUCCUUCCGAAGCAGAGAACCAGGGCCCUUCGCCCUCCACCUCCCAGUAGCAGCCUGCAUCAUCUGUAUGAGCCGGGUCCCGCUUCAUGAGGCCGAGCUCUGAUGCAGGAAAAGCUUUAGAUUGCCGAACAAAUCAAAUAAAUCUGACAGCAUCGCUCUAAGGCCGUACCGAUAAUAAGACGAUGUAAAUUAAUAUAUGAGCUAAAUUUGAUUGUACUUUUUUUAGAGCAUGUAUUGUGUUUCCCUGUUGUUGUUUUGGCUGAUCCCGUUUGCAUUGUGCAGUCCACACAUGCCCCAGGUAUGAUAUUAGCAGAAAUUCCAGGGGGACGAGCCGCUAUGCUUGAGCUGCACUUUGACUUGAGACAUUUGCACUAAAUGCAUGUGUGAAUAACUAAACAUCUGUCAUGUGAAGUGGUCUGUCAGAGAGUCCACAAUGGGGGCUCUUCAUCUCACGUUCCUUCUUUUAACGUGCAUGGCUGUAAAUGUGUUUGUGAAUAAAUUACUUGACAAUGAAAAAAAACAUAUCCAACGAUUUUUUUAACGGAAUAAUGUGUAACGUUUUUUU